AUGGCUGGUACUUCGACAUCUUCAACUGAUUCAACAAUAAUUAUCAAUGAUGAAUCUGUUCAAAUGUGUCAAUCUGAAACUUCUCCAACUGGCGAAAAAAAGUUCGUUUCACUAUCAACAAAUAUUAACAGACAUAAACGUAAAUUAACACCUGAAGAAUAUCGUCAAAGAGCGGAUAAAUUGCUAGAAAUCGAACAGAUUAAAUGUGAAGAAUAUUUAGUACAACAAGAAAUCAAUCGUGUGAAUAUUCAAAGACAACAUAUAAAAAAUUUAAUAAAUCAAUUACAUAUGCUGGAUUAUUCCAAUAAAACUAUAAAAAACUCACGAUCUCGUCUACGACGAUUACGUUAA